GAUCAUUUCCGUGGGUUCCGGUGAAAGCUGGCGGAGCCGCAGCGGACGGUGGCUCCUCCUCAGGCCGGAUCAUCUGAGGAGGACUGAACCUCUCGGAGCUGCUGGAUCAGCCUCUCUGCUCUGGAUUAUUAUCAUCGGACUGUUUCUGGACCUUCUGAUCUGGUCUCGGGUCUCCGGGUCGACGUGUGACGGUUCAGGCUCACCGGGAGCUCGGUUCUUCAUGCCUCGGAGGCCCCGGGGAGCUCAGACCGCGGAGCCCCGGAGCAGGGCUCGGACACCGGGGAAGCACGAGAGGAUUCUGUUUGUGUGAUCGGACCCUCGGUUCUGUUGACCAUGAACCCUCUGAACCAGAUGAAGACGGGACUGAGCAACAACCCUCACAGCGACGGCUCGUACCCCUACGACCCCUCCAGCUGGCAGCAGCCCACCAAUCAGCCCACAGGGUCCCUGUCUGUGGUCACCACGGUCUGGGGGGUCACCAACCCUUCAGCCAGUCAGGGCCUGGGGGGAGGGGUGAUGGGGCCUGGGAACAACCCGGGUGGGGGCCCCAUGAUGCAGGGCCCCGGGGGACCAGGGAUGGCUGGCGGACCCGGGGGCUACAUGGGCCAGCCGGGGUACGGCGAGCACAGCAAAGGCUACAUGAACCAGGGCAUGUACGGGCGGACGAGCGGGGGGUACGCCGGAGGCCCGGGGGGGUACACGGGCAGUUACCCGUCAAACCCCGGGGGCUCCCGAGGCUCCACUGACUUCACUCAGGCUGCUGCCGCCGCCGCCGUCGCUGCUGCCGCCGCUGCCACCGCAACUGCCACCGCCACCGCAACCGUUGCCGCCAUCCAGGAGAAACAGAACCAGGAGAUGAACUACGGACAGAUGGGGGGUCCGGCCUACAACAACCAGUUCAUGGGACACCCUGGCCCCCGUGGCCCUCCCAACAUGGCGCCUGGAGGUAUGGGCCCAGGUCCAGGCCCCACGAGGGGUCCACCCUCUAUGGGUUCGAUGUAUGGAGCUGGAGGGGUCCAGCAGAGGGUCCCUCAGCACCCAAACUAUGGUCCUGGACCCCAGCAGGGUCACAUCCGGCCCCAGCAGGGUCUUAAACGGCCCUACAGCUCAGAGUCGUUCUCAGGAAUGUCUCAGCAGUACGGUGUUCCCAUGGGCUCCAGCGUCAGCGUAAUGCCCGGUCCUGGUGGCGCUGGAGGGUCCAUGCCGGGCUCAGGUGGAGGCGGGCACGCCGGUCCCAGUCCCGGUCCGUACUCCGGUCCCAACAUGCAGUACCAUCCAGCAGGACCAGUUCAGCAGUCAGAGCGGGGGUUUGCCCUCCCUGGCAGCAGGGGGCGCUGGUGGUGUCUACAACUCCUUCAGCCAGCAGUCGGGGCCGGGUCGAGGCUUACCUGGAUACCCGUCUUCUCCGGUUCCUGGAAACCCGACUCCUCCCAUCACCCCCAGCAGCUCCAUGGCCCCGCCCUACAUGUCACCGGGCAGCGGCGACGUCAAGCCAAUGACCUCCUCCUUCCUGCCUGACAUCAAGCCCAACAUGGCUAGCUUGGCUCCUCCCCCUCCUACAGGUAACCCGAGCGACAACCUGCGACUGACGUUUCCUGUCAGGGACGGCGUGGUCCUGGAGCCCUUCAGGCUGGAGCACAACCUGGCCGUGAGCAACCACGUCUUCCAGCUGCGCGAGUCCGUUUACAAAACGCUCAUCAUGAGACCCGACCUGGAGCUCCAGUUCAAGUGUUACCACCACGAGGACCGACAGAUGAACACCAACUGGCCCGCCUCGGUCCAGGUGCGCUCCCUGUCCUCUGGUCUCAGAGCCCACUCACCUGUGAACGCUCCGACGUGUCUGAUGCUGUUUGUGUUUCUGGCUGCUCCUCAGGUGAGCGUGAACGCCACGCCUCUCACCAUCAAACGAGGCGACAACAGAACUUCCCACAAACCCCUCUACCUGAAGCAGGUGUGUCAGCCGGGCCGGAACACCAUCCAGAUCACCGUCACCGCCUGCUGCUGCUCUCACCUGUUCGUCCUGCAGCUCGUCCACCGUCCCUCGGUGCGUUCGGUUCUUCAGGGUCUGAUGAAGAAGAGGCUGCUGCCGGCGGAGCACUGCGUCACCAAGAUAAAAAGGAACUUCAGCAGCGGCUCAAUCCCUGGGACCCCCGGGUUAAACGGAGAGGACGGUGUGGAGCAGACAGCCAUCAGAGUCUCGUUAAAAUGUCCCAUCACGUUCCGGCGCAUCCAGCUGCCCGCCAGAGGCCAUGACUGUCGACACAUACAGUGCUUUGACCUGGAGUCGUACCUGCAGCUGAACUGUGAGAGAGGAACCUGGAGGUGUCCCGUCUGCAAUAAAACGGCUCUGCUGGAGGGCCUGGAGGUGGACCAGUACAUGCUGGGGAUCCUCAUCUACGUCCAAAACUCCGACUACGAGGAGAUCACCAUCGACCCGGUCUGCUCCUGGAAGCCGAUCCCGGUGAAACCCGACCUCCACGUGAAGGAGGAGCCAGACGGUCCGGUCCUGAAGCGCUGCAGGACCCUGAGCCCGAGCCACAUGGUCCUGCCCAGCGUCAUGGAGAUGAUCAUCUCCCUUGGCCCCGCCCCCUCCAACACGCCCGCGGCGCCGUCCUCCUCUUCCUCGCCCAUGCCGUACCCGUCCCUGCCUUCAGGGGGUGGGGCCAGCAGCAGCAACACACCUGACUUCCCCUCAGCAGCUCCGUCCUUUCCCGCUCCGUCGGCGCCGUUCUCUGACUUCAGCGGACCCGGGUCUCCCAGCGUGGGGAACUUCUCCUCCCCCGGACCUCCCCCCCUCCCCUACCAAUCAGAGCUCUCCAGUGCCCUCCUCACCCCCGACAAGCCCCCCCCUCACCCGCUGGCUACACAGCAACAGUCUCAGGGUCUCCAUGGCAACAACCAGGUGAUGCAGAGAAACAACCAGAACCCUCGUCUCCAGGGCGACGCCCCCUUUGGGCUGGGGGAAGUUCCAGAACCUUCUCUGGAUCUGCUUCCAGAACUGACCAACCCAGACGAGCUGCUGUCCUACCUGGGCCCGCCGGACCUGCCCAACAACAACGAUGACCUGCUGUCUCUGUUCGAGAACAACUGACCCCCCUCUGCUCCAGAACCGGACCGGACCGGACCGGCCCGGCCUGAGGCAGCGCUGUAACCUACAGACUGUCCCGCCAUCGGUCCAGACGGAUCAGAACCUUUCAAUAUGAAACCCGUUUGUGUGACUCAGAACCUUGAAGUUAUUUUAUCCUUUUACCUGAACUUUGAUCAGUUCCUGUCAGAACCGGGCCUGGCCUCAGAACCACCGGGCACAGUCCUGAAGAAACCCGGUCACGUCUCACGGAUCAGAACCACCUGGAAGUUUUAAAGACCCGAUUCUGGUUUCGCCUGCAGAGGUCCAGAAUUAAACUGAAGUCCUGACCAGCUCCUGCACCAGAUUCUGGUUCUGGUUCUGGUCCAGACCCGUUCGUUUAAACAGAUUUUAAUCACCAUUUGGGUUUUUAAACACAGAACUUUUAAAAGUUUUAUUUAAAGGACCGGUUCUGAACCAGAGCCGGUCCAAACAGGACCGGUCCAAACAGAACCAACACCUGUGUUUGAGCGUGUGGUUAGGCCUUCAUCUUCAUCAUCCUCAUCGUCUGGGUUCUGUUUGUUGUGAAGUGACGAUGGAGUCCAGACCGUUGUGUUCUGGUCCCGGUGGGCCCGUUGUGAUUCAGUAACGAAGAUAAAAACCUGAAUAAUGAGAUGAAUGAAUAAUCUUUGUAAUUUAAUAAACACUCGCAGUCUGAG